CUUUCCUCCCAAUUUCUCUUUCCUUAUCUGCCUUGACCAAUUUCACUAACCCUCCCCUUCCUCAACUGACCUCUGAUUUUCAUAUUUCAUUAUUUUAUUUAUCGAUGAAAAGGGAAUCCUUUUUAACCUUAUCAACAAAAACACAAGAAAUACCAUCUGUUGUUUUUCUUUCUAUUUUUUUUUUUGGCAGUUUGAUAUAAUCAUGACGAUGAUUUUGAGGUUUACUUCAACCAGAAAUUCAUUUCUAUCCAUAUAAUAAUUUGUUGGGGUGUUUAAAAUCAAAUUUGCAGCUUUUGAUACAGCUCAGACAUCUAACCUUUUAUGGCAAUAUAUACCAAUAAAAUUGUAAGGCCUUUUCUAUGAUGAUGACUUCCCGUUGCCGGCACACUGUCUAUAAUUUUUAUAAUCUUCUUGAGUUGUCUUUCCUGCCAUUUUCUCGCUCUUUGCCUUUCAGUGUGCUUGUCACUUUCAAGUCUCUUUCUUUCAAAACAACAAACGCAUCUUGUGAUUCCCUUAGUUUAUGGCUUUUAUUUUAGCUGGCUAUCGACUUUUCUAUUCGUAUUUCCUUAGGAUUUAUGUAAGUUCUUAAUUAGUUUUAGGAUUUAUAUUUGGGAAGCAAGGUAACCCCCCAACCCUACCGCAUCCCGCGCCCCCCGCGCCCCCCCCCCCCCCCCCCCCCCCCAACCUCGUCAAUAAUAAUCAGUAAUUUUCUCUCAGAUUUGAGUUCAAAGUUCUGGAGAAGUUGCAGGAAGUUUUCCAGAGAGGAUGGGUAAUCUGUGUUGUUGCGUGCAAGUUGACCAGUCCACAGUAGCUAUCAAGGAGAGAUUUGGGAAAUUUGAUGAAGUUCUUGACCCUGGAUGCCAUUGCCUACCUUGGAUUUUUGGAAGCCAGCUUUCCGGCCAUCUGUCACUGAGGUUGCAGCAGUUGGAUGUUCGUUGUGAGACCAAGACAAAGGACAAUGUAUUUGUUAAUGUUGUUGCAUCUAUUCAGUAUCGCGCACUGGCAGAUAAAGCAAGUGAUGCUUUCUACAAACUCAGCAACACUAGAACCCAAAUCCAGGCCUAUGUUUUUGAUGUAAUUAGGGCAAGUGUUCCAAAACUUGAUCUGGAUGAUGCUUUUGAGCAGAAGAAUGAAAUUGCCAAAGCUGUGGAAGACGAACUUGAAAAGGCUAUGUCUACUUAUGGAUAUGAAAUUGUGCAAACACUCAUUGUUGAUAUAGAACCAGAUGAGCAUGUAAAGCGGGCAAUGAAUGAAAUAAAUGCAGCUGCAAGACUGAGGGUGGCAGCAAAUGAGAAGGCAGAGGCUGAGAAGAUUCUCCAAAUUAAGCGAGCUGAGGGUGAGGCUGAAGCAAAAUAUCUUGCUGGGCUGGGUAUUGCUCGUCAGAGACAGGCAAUUGUGGAUGGAUUAAGGGAUAGUGUGCUGGGUUUCUCUGAAAAUGUACCAGGCACCACUGCAAAAGAUAUCAUGGACAUGGUCCUUGUCACUCAAUAUUUUGACACAAUGAAGGAAAUUGGUGCUGCGUCUAAAUCAUCUGCAGUGUUUAUUCCUCAUGGACCUGGUGCUAUACGUGAUGUUGCUUCUCAGAUUCGUGAUGGACUGCUCCAGGCUUCUGCCCACCAGUAACUGAGGUACAUUUGCAGCUUUAUGGCCUUAUGGGUUUGUGUUGACAGGAGCUUUAUAAGCGUUACUUCCUUUUGUUUUUUGGGCAAAGGUUUCAAAUGUUGAGGUCUUGUUAUGUGAUGACACUUUCAUUUCACUUGCCUCCGUGCUUCAAAAAAUAUGCGAGUUGCAUGAGUAGUGGUUCUCUCUAUCGUCCUCUCCCUUCUCUAAAGAAAACGUUUUGUGUAAUAUCUUCACAAUUUCAGUGUGCAAGAACCAAGAAGCUUGUAAAUAAACACAGCAUGAAUAAUAGCUUUGUAAAUUGAACUUUAUAUAAUUGUAUUGUUUUCCAACAGUGGUUGA